AUGACGUCUCCCGAGGAUACACAGUCUGCUGUUCAAGAAGACUCGCUGUCUUCAGCGCUUUCACGAUACCGAUCGCGCAUCUACGCAUUGAACUGUAAAAUGCUCGAAAGACUGCUCCAGAACUUGCAAAUCGAGCCAAACAGUGAUAGCACUGCCGACAUGCAACGGUUCAUCGCAAAGGAAUGGUUAGAUGGUGAAGAGUUCGACCAAUCAUUCCACGUUCCGAAUGACAUAUAUCUCGUCCUAUCUGAUGGCACAUCAUCACCGUUAUCGGUCCAUGAAAGAGAUGAGCUAUUUAAGGAUGUCGAGGACAACAUGAACAGCUGGGUAGACCCGGAACUUCGUCCUGUACAACUUCCAGCGGAUUUCAAGGCUCUCUGUGGCCUUACGAACUCACUUACUGGACCGGGACUUCCACGAUCGAACACUGCCGAUGUCCCACAGCCGUUUGCUUCAUUGCAGUAUCUGUGUGGCAUCUUUGGCGAGCCAAUGUAUGGUGGCUGUCGGAAUCUGGAGGAAUUUGCAGAGAAGAUCAACCUGAAGGGGUAUGAGAUUGCAACAGGUGUUCAGACGGGAGAUCUCGAAGGUGAUCAAGGUGGUACCUACCUAUGCCUGUGUCGCAAUCAACAUGAACCAGAGAAUACCUUCAAAUGGCGCUGGAUAACACAAUUCGAUGUGACUGACAUCAUUUACAACAACGUCGUGCAGUUGCUAGAAGAGUCCUGGAAGGAUUUCUUGAAUAUGCUCACGUUGAGAUACGGUGAUCUAGGUCAGGACGAGAUGUAA